GCCUGCCUUUGCUCAGCCGCAUUCUCAGAACGGCGAGCACACGUUCCUCCGGGGAGCGCCACCCGGGAAGUCCCUGCAAACGCCCUGCACCGCACACCGGAUCCCGCCGCGGGGAGCGACGGUCCCGGGAGCCGUGAGGAGCUCGGACCCGGGGCAGUCCGCGGGGAGGGUUGCGAGGAUGCCGAGCAGAAAAUGCAAUCUGCUGCUUCUUUCUCCGGCCUCCCCGUGGUGCAGACAAGGAGAACUUAGUACUCCGGGUCUGGGCAGCUCCGUGCUCUGUGGGGACGCUCUUCUAAGCGACAACAGAAACGGGCACUCUCUCCCCGGCCCCAGGUGGGAAAAGGCAGGAAAGAAGUGAAACUUAGUGAGUCAGCGCGGCUCAGGCCAGCCCGGCCCGUCCCAGACGCGCCGCCCAUCGCCGGGACCCGGGGCCAGUGCGGGGCGGAGGCGUGGAGGCGCGGCCCGGGCGCGACGGGCGGAGUCCUCGUGGGUCGGCUCUCCCCGGACCCGGCCGCCGGCACAGCGCGGCGGGCAGGCCUGGGCCAUGGCCGACGGGGCGGCGCAGCCGGGGGCCGAGCUGCUGGCCUUCGAGCGAUUCCGGGAGGCGAGCGCGCAGCCCCUCGCCUACGGCUACGGCCACGGCCCGCGCGGCCUGCGGGAGCUGCGGGCGCGAGAGUUCGGGCGCCUGGCAGGAACUGUCUACCUUGACCACGCAGGAGCCACGCUGUUCCCCGAGAGCCAGCUCAGGAGCUUCACUCGUGAUCUCCUGGAGAACGUUUAUGGUAACCCUCACAGCCAGAGCAUCAGCAGCAAGCUCACCCAGGACACCGUGGAGCAGGUGCGCUACAGGGUCCUGGCGCACUUCCACGCCUCCCCGGAGGACUACAGCGUGAUUUUCACCGCCGGGAGCACGGCUGCCCUUAAACUGGUGGCGGAAGCCUUCCCGUGGGUGUCCCGGGGCCCCGGGAGCAGCGGGAGCCUGUUCUGUUACCUCACCGACAGCCACACCUCCGUGGUGGGCAUGCGGAUGGUCGCCACAGCCAGGAGUGUCACUUCCAUCCCGGUCAGGCCGGAGGACAUGUGGUCGGCGGAGAAACGGGGUGCUGCCGCCAGCGACCCCGACUGCCAGCUUCCGCAUCUCUUCUGUUAUCCGGCUCAGAGUAACUUUUCUGGCACCAGAUACCCUCUGUCCUGGAUAGGAGAGGUCACGGCGGGGCGCAUGUGCCCGGUGAGCGCGCCCGCACCGGGGCGGUGGUUCGUGCUGCUGGACGCAGCCUCCUACGCCAGCACCUCCCCUUUGGACCUGUCGGUGCACCCGGCGGAUUUCGUCUCCCUCUCCUUCUACAAGAUCUUCGGCUUCCCCACCGGCCUGGGGGCGCUGCUGGUGCACAAUCGGAUGGCUCCCCUGCUGAGGAAAACCUACUUUGGAGGAGGCACGGCCGCUGCAUACCUGGCGGGAGAAGACUUCUACAUCCCCAGGCCGUCGGUGGCAGAAAGGUUUGAGGAUGGCACCAUCCCGUUCCUUGACGUGAUAGCGCUCAAACACGGAUUUGAUGCCCUAGAGCGCCUCACAGGUGGCAUGGAGAAUGUGCAGCAGCACACCUUCACCCUGGCUCGGUACACCUACGCCGCCCUGUGCUCCCUCCGGUACCCCAAUGGGGCCCCGGUGGUGCGCAUCUACAGCGACUCUGAGUUCCGCAGCCCCGAGGUGCAGGGCCCAGUCAUCAAUUUCAACGUGCUCGACGCCAGCGGGAACGUCGUUGGUUACUCCCAGGUGGAGAAGAUGGCCAGUCUUUUCAACAUCCAGGUGCGCACGGGCUGCUUCUGCAACACGGGGGCCUGCCAGCGGCACCUGGGGAUCAGCGACGAGAUGGUCAAGAGGCACCUUCAGGCUGGCCAUGUCUGUGGAGAUGACGUGGACCUCGUCGCUGGGCGGCCGACAGGGUCUGUGAGGAUCUCAUUUGGAUACAUGUCUACUCUUGAGGAUGCCCAAGCCUUUCUCAAGUUCAUCAUAGCCACCCGACUGCGCCCGCAACGUAGCCAACCUGUUCCUCAGGCCGCCUCUGGGGAGGCUGGCACUGCACCAGCAGAGAGCGAGGCUCAGAGCACCGUGCCUGCCACUGUGCCCACCACCGUGCCCACCACCGUGCCUGCCACCGUGCCCACCACUGUGCCCACCGCCACUGUGCCCACCACUGUGCACACCACUGUGCCCGCCACCGGGCCCACCACUGUGCCCGUCACUCUGUCCACCACCGUGCCCACCACCGUGCCCGCCACUGUGCCCGCCACCAGGCACAGACCUAGUCCCUCUCCUCGGGAAGACACCCCCACAGCCUCCAGGGCCGGGAAUGACUGGCCCCCUGCCGUGGGUGCUGUGUGUUUGCGCCCGCCUCUACCGGAGGCCACCAGGACCCUGCAGGCCCCUCCAGAGAGAGAGGCAUUAGCUCCGGGUGGGGGCCUUGGGCCACAUGUCAUCACCAACCUUUUCCUCUACCCCAUCAAAUCCUGUGCUGCGUUUGAGGUGACGCAGUGGCCUGUGGGACACCAAGGGCUGCUGUACGACCGGAGCUGGAUGGUUGUGAACCACAACGGCAUUUGCCUGAGUCAGAAGCAGGAGCCGCGGCUGUGCCUGGUCCAGCCCCGCAUUGACCUGCAGCAGAGGAUCAUGGUCGUCAGAGCCAAAGGAAUGGAGCCUAUAGAGGUGCCUCUUGAGGAAAACGGUGAAUGGGUUCAGAUUUGCCAAAGCAAGGUCUGUGCAGACAGGGUAAAUACUCAGGAUUGUGGAGAAAAAAUUUCAAGCUGGUUGUCAAGGUUUCUGGGCCGUCCAUGUCAUUUGAUCAAACAAAGCUCGGACUUUCAGAGAAACGCGAAGAAGAGCCAUGGCAAAGGGAAGUCUGCUGGAACACCAGCCACUCUUUCUCUGGUGAAUGAGGCCCAGUAUCUGCUGGUAAACAGAUCCAGUGUUCUGGAACUUCAGCAGCAAUUAAGCGUCAGUGAUGAGAGCGGAAGGGAGGAAUUAUUCCCAAUGACAGAGCUCAUCUCACGUUUCCGUGCCAAUAUUAUUACCAGUGGAGCAAGUGCUUUUGAAGAAGAGAAAUGGGAGGAGAUUUCAGUCGGUCCCUUGCAUUUCCAGGUUUUGGGGCCUUGUCACAGAUGCCAGAUGAUUUGCAUUGACCAGCAAACUGGGCAACGAAACCAAGAUGUUUUCCAGAAGCUUUCAGAGAGUCGAGAGAGAAAGGUAAACUUUGGCGUGUACCUGAUGCAUAUGUCUGUGGAUUUUUCUUCUCCAUGUUUCCUGUCCGUAGGAUCUCAGGUGCUCCCUGUGUUGAAAGAAAAUGUAGAAUGCCACAAUUUACCUGCUUCUAAGAAACAUCAGAAUGUUGUCUCCUAAGAUUCUUUUUUUUCCAGCUUAAAUUAAAAUUUCUCUUUUACAACUA